AUGGGUCGACAACAAGGCAAUGGUUCGAAACCCGCGAGGCUUUUGGCCCUCCUUGCAACCUCAGCAAUCGCAACUCCCAUUAUUUCGCCUGCCAGUUGGGAUGUCGGCAGUCUUUUUCUCUCAAAGACAGCGCCGAACAAUACCUCGUCGAGAUGCAAAGUCUAUCCGGGCGACCAAAAUUGGCCUUCAGAUGAGGCCUGGGCCAAUCUAAACAAGCUGGUAGACAAUCGCUUGCUAGACCGACCAGAACCUUUGGCCUCGGUCUGUUACAACGGACCGCUUUAUGAUGCAGAGGAAUGCGUCAAGGUGACCGCCCACUGGAACGAAUCUUACUCACACUUCGACAACGCUGUUGAAAUGAUGAGUCCCGUGGCGCAAGGCAUGACAUGUCUUCCACCAAACAUAUUCGACUCUUCCAACUGCACCAGGGGCGGUUUUCCGAUGUAUGUCAUCAACGCAACAAAGCCGGAACAUGUUCAGAUGGGAGUCAAUUUUGCCCGGAACACUGGAGUCAGAUUGGUCGUCAAGAACACCGGGCAUGAUUUCUUGGGUAAGUCUGGUGGCAAGGACGCGCUGAGCAUCUGGACACGUUACUUCAAGGAUAUUGAGUAUAUCGAAGAGUAUGUAGACGCAAAAACUGGCUAUUCGGGACCGGCUUUCAAGGCUGGAGUCGGUGUGCAAGCUUUUGAGAUCUACAAGGCUGCUCACGAGAAGGGACACUCCGUUGUCGGCGGCGAGGGCGAGACUGUCGGUAUCUUUGGAGGAUAUAUCCAGGGUGGCGGUCACUCGCCACUCACUUCCCUUUACGGCACAGGUGCAGACCAGGUUCUCUCGAUGGAAGUUGUCACCGCAGAUGGCGACUACGUUACAGCGAACUCUACAUCUAAUACUGAACUUUUCUGGGCAAUGCGCGGUGGGGGUGGCUCAACGUUUGGUAUUGCGACUUCAGUAACAGUCAAAGCUCACCCCGAUUUCCCCACGACGGCAUCGCGCUUCUCGUUCACCUCCGAAAAGGUCGGCAACGAGACAUUCUGGGCCGCGAUCCGCGAUUACGUCGAUUACUUCAUUCCCAAUGCUGAUGCUGGCACUUACGCAUACUGGACGCUUAUCCCCAACGUCUGGACCGGCAUCUUCAGCUUCGGCAUGUCCCCUUUCUUCGCCCCAAACAAAACGCUUGAGGAAACCCAGGCCCUGCUCCAACCCUGGCUCACCCGCUUGGAGGAACUCGGCAUCAAUGUCAACCCCAACAUCACUCAUUUCAACUCCUACUACGAAGCCUGGCGAAGCUCCUUCCCGCUCGAAACUGUUGGCAAAAUCAAUGCAACGACUGCCUCUCGCAUGUUCCCUCGCUGCAACUUCGAAACUAAGGAAAAGCGCGAUGAACUCUUCCAAAACUUGCGCCAAUCGAGCGAGAACAACCGUGUGCAAGUACACUUCAACAUCAAGGCCGUUGAUCCAGCGAAUUCUGACAACGCUGUGAACCCAGCAUGGCGUGAAAACAUACUCUUCGCUCAGCAAGCCGUGCGAUGGAACCCCAACGGCACCGCGGCCGAAACGCUGAAAGCUCGACAAGAAUUCCAGAGAGGUGACAUGCAGCGCUGGAGAGACAUCAGCCCUGGUGCUGGGUCGUAUCUCGCUGAAGCGGAUCGUCUGGAACCAAACUUUGGACAAGCGUUCUGGGGCGAUAAAUACCCGCGUCUGCUUGAGAUCAAGGCCAAGCUAGAUCCUCAUGAUGUCUUCUUUGCUACCACAAGCGUGGGAAGUGAGAGGUGGAAGGUUGAAAGCGUUGAUGGGUUGCCGAAUGAGAAUGGCAAGCUCUGUCGCGUUGAGAACUAA